GUAGCUCGAUUAGCCGACGAUGAAUGACAGCCGCCGCCGACGCUUUUACGCUCCAAUAAUAUCUCUGGGGUGUUUUAUUGUCUUCCCGAUGCUUCUGGUUUUGCUCCUCUCUCGCGCUUCACUAACCCUUGCCGACGACUCGGAACGGAGAAAUGCGACUGCCUCAUUGACGGAGGAAGGGAGCAAGGGUAGCUUCGCGGACAUUAUCGAUCGGGCUCUGCAGAAGGAGUUCCCUGAAAGCGAGCAGAACGGGGAAGAAACUAAUCAAGAUGGAUUCAACAAUAGCGUUGCUGAAAAGAAGGCUAUUUUGGAAACAGUAGCUAGAGUCACGAAGAAAAAUGACACAAAUGAGGAGAAAUCUUUUCAAUUUCACAAUGUUUUCAAUAACGAGAAUCAAGCAGAGGAUGUCCCUACUUUGAUUGAUCACAAGGACAAUGUUUUCAUCAUAUCAAAUCCCAAGUCAAAAUAUCCCAUACUACAACUGGAUCUGAGGUUGAUAUCUGAUCUUGUAGUUGUCAUUGUAUCUGCAACUUGUGGUGGAAUUGCCUUCGCUUGUGUGGGACAACCGGUGAUUACUGGAUAUUUACUUGCAGGUUCUCUCAUUGGACCUGGAGGUCUGAGCUUUGUUAGUGAAAUGGUUCAAGUUGAAACAGUGGCCCAAUUUGGAGUUAUUUUUCUUCUUUUUGCACUAGGAUUAGAGUUCUCGACGGCAAAGAUCCGGGUAGUCCGUGCUGUUGCUAUUCUUGGUGGCCUACUUCAAAUUAUUCUCUUUAUGUGCUUAUGUGGAAUCACUGCCUCGUUGUGCGGGGGUAAAGCUACAGAAGGUGUAUUUGUCGGCGCUUUCUUGUCAAUGUCCUCUACAGCCGUGGUUUUAAAGUUUUUGAUGGAAAAGAACAGUAUCAAUGCCCUUCAUGGUCAGGUUACUGUAGGAACGCUUAUUCUCCAGGAUUGUGCUGUUGGUUUGCUGUUUGCUCUCCUUCCUGUACUACGUGGCACUUCUGGCAUUCUUCAAGGUGCAAUAUCAAUGACCAAAUCGUUGGUUGUACUCUGCACUUUCUUGUCAAUUCUUUCUAUCCUAUCCCGGACAUGUGUCCCUUGGUUUCUUAAGCUAAUGAUAGCCCUUUCAUCUCCGACCAACGAACUUUACCAAUUGGCCUCAGUUGCUUUCUGUUUGCUUGUUGCUUGGUGCAGUGACAAAUUGGGACUAAGCCUUGAACUUGGUUCUUUCGCUGCGGGGGUGAUGAUUUCUACAAAUGAUCUUGCACAGCAUACACUUGAGCAAAUAGAACCCAUUCGGAACUUCUUUGCUGCUCUCUUCCUUGCAAGCAUCGGAAUGCUAAUCCAUGUCCAUUUCCUUUGGAAUCACGUGGAUAUAUUACUAGCUGCUGUUAUUUUAGUGAUCAUCAUAAAGACCAUAGUGGUAACCACUGUUGUUAAGGGAUUUGGCUACUCAAAUAAGACAUCACUUCUUGUUGGCAUGUCGCUGGCACAGAUUGGAGAAUUCGCUUUUGUUCUUCUAAGUCGGGCUUCAAAUCUUCAUCUCGUCGAGGGGAAGUUAUACCUGCUCCUAUUGGGGACAACCGCUUUAAGCCUGGUGACUACCCCAUUGCUUUUUAAGAUGAUACCUGCUGUUAUUCAUCUUGGUGUUCUACUCCGUUGGUUCUCACCUGAUGCUAAUCCAGCGGAGAUGGGAUACAAGGGUGAAAACCAUCGCGUGGACAGUGGUAAGCGCAUUACGUUGGUGGUCCAAGGCUCUCAUGAUUCAUGAUAAAAAGCGAAAAGUUCAUGGAGCCAUGUGGAAAAUCAGAUUUUAUUUUUCCCUGAUGGGUUUCUAUACUUUGGGUGAAGUACAUAAUCGACCAAAGGAGAUCUGACUGCUGCUAAGUUGUUUUCAUGGGGCUAUUUGAAUUAUGCAACCCCAGCUUGCUUCAUGUCUCAAUCAAAGCUAUAAGAUUAUGAGCAAGACAAACUCUCAUUGCAAAAGCUUUAGUAGCUGUCAUCCCCGUUCCAAUUUUGUGUAUAGUAGUAGCCUUUUCCUAUGCAUGUAUCCUGAUUUCACAAUCUUAUUGGGGGUUUUCAGAAAUGGAAUCCCAAUAUCAGCGUUGAAAUAUUUGUAGAUUAUUCCUAUUCUUUUUUAAUUCAGUAGAAGUGAUUCUUGUGCA